AUGGCCCUGAUAUCCUUGACGAUGCUCACGGUCGCAAUGCGAUCGUCGCAGCAAUGCUUUUGUACGCAACAAUAUGCAACUGGUAACGAGAAGGACGUUCUACUAGGGAUCAUUGCGAAGGUACAAUCGUGGGAUGUAAAGUUAAACAAAGAGAUGUUGUCACAGCUGCAGGGCAAGAAGCUCGACACUUUCUCAAGAAUGACGUGGUUCCUUCGCAGACAAAGGGUGCGAGGGAUCACAGCGAAUAUAUCAGCACAAAAAGACACUCUCAUUGCCCUGCAAGCAUCCAUGUUGGCGAGGCAAAUGGUCGAUCUGAAUAGGCGACAGUUGUCCGAGAGAACUUACUAUGGUCUGUUGCUGACAAGACCAGGGAAAUCGAGCAGUACGAACCCGACGAGGACGUCGGAAGGAACCAGCAAUCGAGACGCUCGGUUGACGGGUUCUCCGAAGAAAUGA